AUGAUCAUGGACGCCGCGCUGUGGGAGCAUCAGCGGGAGAUUGCAGCCGUAGCACGUCACCGCAGCGUGUUGGUGAGCAGCUCUCAGCCCGUGGGCAAGACUUUCGUGAGCUGCGCAUUGCUGUCCGAGGCUGCGUCCUCAAGUAAUACGCAAGUUAACGCACUGGCAAUUGCCGCAUCGCCUGCGGGUCGGUCCGCUCUACAAGCACAGCUAGCGAGACUAUGUGGUUGUCGCGUGGUCUGCAGCGAUAGCUAUAAAGCAAACCAAUGGCUGGAGGACCCAGAAUUCGCUCGUAGCACACUGAACACUGUACGCGGCCAGAUCGCGAUCCUGUCGCCGCUUAUACUGCAGGAAAUGCUGCGUAAAAAGAUUUUGGAUUUGACAGAUGUUGGUCUGCUGGUUGCGGAAGACUGGGACCUAGUGCACGCAGAGUUGCCGUCCUUCUCCAAGCUGCUGACGAAUCUGAUGGACGAGAUGCCGACGGCCACGACGCUGCGGAUCUUUGCGACGUCAAGGCUGCCAGCGUCCAAGAUGGACUGGGACCCGGUAACGAACCCAUUGCUUAAACAUAUCCAUGUGUUUAACAUGUUGCCGGUACUGUCGUCAACGUCCAUGGAGCCAAGUUUCCCUCCGAUACAUUGCGAAGUGUUUCAGAACAAGGACAUGAGCAGAGAAGAAGAGGAAACGAGUGUGAGGGACUUUUUGCUGGGUGCAAACGACAAGAAAGUGGAUUUGGUGCAUGUGUUUCGGAUGGAGCUUGAGCUGGGGAACUCAGCGGCAGUGUACGAUGAGCGCAAAAAACAGGACAAGGUGAACAGAUUCAUCCAGGACGCUGAAGUCGUGAAAGAACAUUUGGGACUGUGGUGUUUGUGGAAGUUCGUGGAGCUAGAGCUGCAGGCCAAUUUACAGGCGUGUAUUGUGGACGACCCAGACAACGUGAACAACAGGAAGAAGCGCAAGCAGCAAGAAGACGAUCCUGAUAUCGACGAUUCGAUGAUGGGAGAGGGCAUUGAUAGCGACUUCACGGAAGAUGGAGCGGUGGGUGAGGAAGAGGGCACGGACGAGAUGAUGGAGUGCAGCAAUGCAGAAGAUAGCGCUGGUAAAGAAGGCAAGUCGGCACAAGUGAAGACGGAUCGGCUAAUUGCGAGAUAUAUUGGUAAUGUUGAACUUGAUGAGGACACGAAGCUCAAAGUUCGACCAAUCUUGAAGGUUUUGUCGUGGCUGUCAGCGCAGUCGAAGCUUUGUGGGGUGUUAGAGGCCUCGCCACGGUUAUUAAAGACAGCUGAGAUCGUUCGAAACCGGUUUAGCAACUCGCCGGGAACGAAACAAGUCCGAGCGUGGGUAUUCCUCGAACGACGGUGCCACUGUCGCGUUGUAGCUGAGUAUUUGACUGCUGCCUUGGCAGGUUUAAAACUGCCUCCAAGUUGCUGCAUGCUCGGUAGUAGCAACGCUCGUAUAUCGGGGGCGUUGCGGUUUUCGUCCUUUCUGAAAGUGAUGCAGAUGUUCACCAAUUACGAGACGAAGAUCAUGGUGACCACUUCGGUGGCGAAGAAAUCGCAGAAGAUACGCAUGGCUCCGCCGCCGUGUGACCUCGUUGUGGUAAUGAACGAGUUGCUGGAGCCUAACAAACUGUACGAAUAUGGGAAGCGAGCAGAUAUCACGAGAGGUUUCAUCAAGUAUAUUACGGAGGACACUGUGCUGGCUCGCAAGAAGUUCGAAGGUCUCGUUCGCCAGAUGCAGGAGUUCAUUCACCUCGAGCAAGAAGAAAACCGAGUCCACGCCUCGAUAGCUCAACCAGCUUCUACUUCUUUAGAGAUCAGCAGUCUACAGAUGCCGCAACCUCCAUCCACUUCGACAGAAGCUACUACACCAAGCUCAGCGGACAAUACGCUGGCCUCGCUGCAAGCUGAAAGCCGACUCUCGGUCAUUCCGGAACGGGUUCAGCCUGUAGUGAAUCCAUACGAACUGAUCCAUCAAGACACAGGAGCGAUUCUGAACGUGACGAACAGCGUGUCGUGUUUGAGCAAGUUCUGUGAUACACUUCCUGGUUUGGAUACCUACGACCGGCGGCCGCAGUACAUCGUAAGGCGCAUUUCUGUUGUCAAGCACAUGGCACCGUCACUGAAAAGAGCGAAAAAGAAGCUGUCGAAGUACAAUUCGAAGCUUACAGACAAAAUUGACGUGCUGAAAGCCGAAGCAGAGCAGCGAGCCAACGCUGCGAUGGACGAAAACGGGGACGAAAGCAAAGAUGGCGACGAGGAAUCAUCUGCAACGGAUUCACGUUUUCACUUUUCGGCUACAUUGAAACUACCAGGCGCCUUGGGUAUAAAGAAGCAGCUUCAUUCGCAGCAAGUAGAAACGCAGGAUGAAGCAAAGGGCAUUGUUGCCUUCAAGGCCUGCCAAGAACUUUUGAAGAAGGGGCUGUUGGAUCGACACUUUCGCUCCAAACUCCUAGACGACCAAGUGGCAACUAUUCACAAAGAUGACAUGGGAACGAGCAGUAGCAAUGGUGACAGUACUGCGACAGGAGAUGAUACGAUCGUGCUGGGAGAGAACGACGAAGCGCCUGCUCAGCUUACUGAUCUGUCGACUCAAUCGUCGUAUGACUUACCGCCAGUAAGUGCUGUGGAGUUGAGUUUGCGACCGAUCCGAAGCCUCACACAAGAAGCUGCCAGUAGUAGUGAGGAAGGCGAGGAGUGGUCGACAACAAUGUGCUUCUACGGCCUCAGUGGAGCACACUACGCUAUUCUGGCGACUAAUGAGCUGUAUACUGGCAAUACCAACACGGGCUGGCGCUACGAUUUCGCAACAAGCGGCGUCAUGUCGCCCGAGAUCCAGCCAAUAACACUGGCAAAGCGUCCAAUGGAGCUGACUUUAACAAAGCAGGAGCUUCACGAUGUGCUGCACUUUCAUUUGGUGGUAAUGCGUCUCGCCUGUAUGGGAGUUCAAGACGCUGUGCGUGAUGUGGACAUUGCGAGUGACAACGUUUGGAACGAAUUCUCCGAACAAAAUGACAAGGGGUAUCUGGUGGUGCCGAGCGUGAUGGAUGAGUCGAAGCAACCACCGACACUGUCACUGGACUGGAAUUAUGUACGUGAGAUCAUAGGGAAGCCUUUGCUUGAGCCUCUAUGGCCACUCCCGACAACAGGUGCUACUGGAAACACUAAGGACACAACUGACGAGUGGAUCUGCGUUCCAAUGUAUCGCUUAAACGUUAGCUACGUCGUGCAGGCUAUUAGUGAUCGCACUGUGGAUGAUAUCCGCAAGGAGUAUUUGGCAGACGAGAAGUCGUGGACGACUCACCUGAAAAAGGGAAAGUCGACUCCAGGAAAUCCGAUCCUGGGUCGUUGGCAUACCCGUCAGCAGCUCGAGGAAGCUGACGCGGACCAGCCGUUGGUAUAUGGCAUUCAAGUCCCUCCCAUCGUCCCCAUUAUUCGGCGAGUCAUGCAGCGCAAUAACGACGAAGGAAGCAUUGCGCAAUACAAGACCAAGUUUAACGAGCGCUUGCUGGUCCCGCAGUACACGUCUCGCCUGCGUCUGAGUAAAAGUCGGUUCUUCGAUGCGAUGGGACUCGUUCCGCUACUCUACGAGUUCGAGCGCAAGUGUCAGAUCUCGCACCUCAUGGGAAAAAUCGGUCUGGAACUCGAUAUGACUUUGCUGGAUGACGCGACCACAAAGCCUGCUUACGAACGGCUGGAAAUCCUCGGGGAUACGUUCUUAAAACUCGAAACCUCGUGGUAUAUGUAUGAGCAGCGGAAGGAUAUUUAUCAGGAAGGGCAAUUAACGCAGCUGCGUCGUGACAUUAUUCGCAACGACAGACUCAACCAGUUCGCUCUAGCAGCUCGUCUUCACCACUACAUGUUGUACCCGGCCGAAGUGGAGCAGCAUCCUUUCCAAUGUUGGAAGCCUUCGUGUAUGGGUAAGACGCCUGAUCCCGUGGUGGCUCCUGCCAAGUGGAUCGCUGAUGUCCUAGAGGCAAUUACGGGUGCAUAUCUGGUUGGUCAGGGAGAAAAGGGCGCUCGUUACUUUCUCAAGUGGAUUGGUGUCACUGUUCUCGAACAUCCGUCUACCAACUUCGCGCGGCCGUUUUAUCCGGAUUGCUUUCCCAACGAGCUUUACGACGCAGCGAUGACGUCGCGUGGAGGAGCAGAACUUCCAUUAAGUUUGAAUUUCAAGGUGGCACAAUUCGAAGACCUCCCGAAACGACUCAUGCUUCUUCAGCAGCGUUUGAAGUACACGUUUCGCAAUAAGCGCUUAUUGCUGGAGGCUGUGACACACCCGUCGGUUGGUCAGCUUGUCCUGCAUAUUGACCAAAUGGAUGCGAAUGGUGCUGAUGGCAAUGCUGAUGGCAAUGCUGGAGGUGACAUCGAAGUUAUGUCACGUUCUCAGAAGAAAAAGAAGACGGUAUGGAAAGGUGACUACGAGCGACUGGAGUACCUUGGCGACGCUUUGAUCGAGUAUUUAACUCUGUCUUACGCUUUUCUGAUGUACGAUAAGUGGCUGCCUGGAUCGCUUUCGCAGUGGAAGAGUGCGACCGUAUCGAAUGACGCGUUAGGCAAAACAGCGCUGGCUUGUUUUGGUGUGGACGAGUGCAUUUUCGCUGGAGCUGUUCGUAUCGAUCGCGAGACGAUGGACCGUGUCGCUGGUAUUGAACGGAAGUACGCGCGAGCUGAAGCCAGCACGGGGCUGAGUCCAGUGUUUGAAGCUGUCGGGGUAUCGAAGAAAAAGGCAAAGAGCAAAAAUGCUCCAAAUGGUGGCAACAGUCACACGCUGCCGAAAAUGUUUGCUGACGUCUUCGAAGCGCUCGUAGCUGCGGUUUUCCUGGACUCGGGUCGUGAUUUGCAGCUUGUCCGCGAUGUUUUCAUGGGUCCACUGCUGCAAACGGUUGGACAGGAUGCCUACGCCUACGUCUGUCAUGAAAGUGGCCUAGCGAUGGACAAUACAGGCGACGAGUUGAUGGAAGAUUUGGUGUUCUCGAGUGAUGAAGAGGACUAA